UACGCACGGCUCUGGCGGACGACGGAAAUGGUUGGUUAGAAAAAAUGCAUCGGGACUGAGUGCGAAAGUGAGUGCCGUGUGGUGAGUUUUCCACCGAAGAGAGUCCGAAGAGUCCGGAAGAGAGAGCGCCUACGGUUUAAGGAGUAAGAGCUCCUAACUUGGCCAACAAAGUUCGGCUACCGGCGCAGUCAAUUCGAGUCCUUGCUGGCAGUCGGUUGUCCUGGCGGGAGUGCAACAUUUCGUGUAGGAGAGUGUGUGUGCCGGGCCAUGCAGUCCCCCAAAACAUAACAAAACACCAAAUCAUCUAAUCACCAAAUCACCAAAGUGAAUCAAAAAAGGUCGACAAAAGAUACAAAUGUGCCAAAAAAAAGAGAGAUAAAGAUGAGAAAAGUGUCAAGUGUCUGAAGAAAUGUAAAACCGCUCAAGAGUGAAAGCCAAAAUCAAAAUUGUACAAGUCACUGCCCACGGAAAAUCCUGAAAGAAAGAAAAGCUCAGCUGACAAAACCCCAGCAAAACAACACAAUCAAAUCCAAAAAUUCAAAUUCAAAUUCAAGCCAGAAUCAAAACAGAAGCCGGAAAACAUGUGGAUUAGUAGCCGCCUCUUUGUGAUUUUCCUGCUGCUCCAUCUCGACACCACCUGCAGUGAACCGUUCGAGGCGCACCUCCGCGGACCGGGAUUUGUGAUGGAACCGCCUGGUCGGGUGGAGUUCUCCAAUUCCUCGGGCGGUUGGCUGGACUGCUCGGCCUCCGGAAGUCCGCAGCCCACGGUGGAUUGGGUGCACGCGGACGGUUCGGCGGUGACCGAGAUCCACGGGGUGCGAAGGGUCCUCCGAAACGGAACCCUCGUCCUGAUGCCCUUCGCUGCGGCGGCCUAUCAUCAGGAUGUGCACAACACGAUCUAUCGGUGCAUCGCCAGCAAUUCCGUGGGUCGCAUUGUCUCGCGGGACGUUCAAGUGAGGGCGGUGGUGGCCCAGGCCUACAAGGUAGACGUGGAGGUGCUCUCGGCGGCCAGGGGCUGCACCGCCAUUCUGCGCUGCGUGGUGCCCACGUUCGUCAAGGAAUUGGUGCGAGUGGUCUCGUGGGUUCAUGAACCCGCUAUCUACAUCUAUCCCUCGUUGCAAGGCGAUGGAAAAUUCCACUUGCUGCCCACCGGCGAGCUGCUCAUCCACAAUCUGCAGGAGAGCGACGAGUCGCAGUCGUUCCGCUGCCGCAGCAUGCACCGCCUCACCCGCCAGGUGGUCGUCAGUUCGCCCACCCGACUGCGUAUUAAUUCGCAUCGCGGCAUCAUUUCGCCGAGCGUGGUCGAGCACACGGCUCAUGUGCAGGUGUCGCAGGACGAGGGCGCGGUGCUCCUGUGCGUCGCCCAGGGAUGUCCUUCGCCCGAAUACAGUUGGUACACCCACAAUGGAGCUGGACCUCUGCCCGUGCUGAGUGGUCCUCGUGUCCGGCUGCUCGGCCCCAUCCUGGCCAUCGAGGCCGUAACCGGCGAGGAUUCCGGCGUCUACAAGUGCACGGCCGGCAAUGUGGGCGGCGAGGCGAGUGCCGAACUCCGUUUAACAGUGGCCACGCCCAUCCAAGUGGAAAUCUCACCGAAUGUCCUCAGUGUUCACAUGGGCGGCACCGCGGAGUUCCGCUGCCUGGUCACCAGCAACGGCAGCCCGGUGGGCAUGCAGAACAUCCUGUGGUACAAGGACGGGCGCCAGCUGCCCUCCUCGGGCCGCGUCGAGGACACGCUGGUGGUGCCGCGGGUGAGCCGCGAGAACCGCGGAAUGUACCAGUGCGUGGUGCGGCGGCCCGAGGGCGAUACGUUCCAGGCCACCGCCGAGCUCCAACUGGGAGAUGCGCCGCCCGUGCUGCUCUACAGCUUCAUCGAGCAGACUUUGCAACCGGGACCAGCUGUGAGCCUCAAGUGCUCCGCUGCCGGCAAUCCUACGCCGCAAAUUUCAUGGACACUGGACGGAUUUCCGCUGCCAUCAAACGGAAGAUUUAUGAUCGGACAAUACAUCACCGUGCAUGGCGAUGUAAUUAGUCAUGUUAACAUAAGCCACGUCAUGGUCGAGGAUGGUGGCGAGUACGCCUGCAUCGCCGAAAAUCGGGCAGGACGAGUGCAGCAUGCGGCCCGCUUGAAUAUUUAUGGUCUUCCGUACAUUCGACUGAUUCCGAAGGUAACCGCCGUCUCCGGCGAGACAUUGAAUCUGAAGUGCCCGGUGGCCGGCUAUCCCAUCGAGGAGAUCCACUGGGAACGCGGUGGCAGGGAGUUGCCCGAUGAUAUACGGCAGCGGGUUCAGCCGGACGGCUCGCUGACCAUCAGUCCGGUGCAAAAGAACUCCGAUUCCGGCGUGUACACCUGCUGGGCGAGGAACAAACAGGGUCACAGUGCCCGGCGGAGUGGCGAGGUGACGGUCAUAGUGCCGCCGAGCAUAGAACCGUUCGCCUUCCAGGAGGGCUUGGCCGAGGGCAUGCGGACGAGGACCGUCUGCGGUGUUUCGCGGGGCGAUCCGCCCCUGAAGCUCAUCUGGCUGAAGGACGGCGAUCCGCUGCCGGAGCUCUUGGGGGCCAAUGUGACCAUGCUUGACCAGUACAGCUCCCUGCUCAGCAUUCCGUCGCUGUCGGCCACGCAUUCCGGCGAGUACACGUGCGUGGCCAAGAACCCGGCGGCCGAGAUCAAGUACACGGCCCUCUUGCAGGUCAAAGUGCCGCCGCGCUGGAUUGUCGAGCCCGUGGACGCGAAUGUCGAGCGCAACCGCCACAUCAUGCUGCACUGCCAGGCGCAGGGCGUCCCCACACCCAGCAUAGUGUGGAAGAAGGCUACAGGCAGCAAGUCGGGCGAGUACGAGGAGGUGCGGGAGCGGCCCUUCACCAAGCUCCUGGGCAAUGGGUCGCUGCUGCUGCAGCACGUGAAGGAGGAUCGCGAGGGCUUCUAUCUGUGCCAGGCCAACAAUGGCAUCGGCACCGGCAUCGGAAAAGUCAUCCAGCUGAAAGUGAACUCCUCGCCGUACUUUUCCUCGAGUUCGCGACCGGUGAUGGUGAAAAAGGGCGACACGGCACUUUUGCAAUGCUCCGUCAGCGGGGACAAGCCGAUUAACGUUGUUUGGUUGCGCUCGGGCAAGAACACGCUGAAUCCAUCAACCAAUUACAAGAUCUCCGUGAAACAGGAGGCCACUCCGGAUGGCGUAUCCGCUGAGUUACAAAUCCGUACAGUGGAUGCCAGCGAUAGUGGUCCCUACUUCUGCAAGGCCAUGAAUCUCUAUGGCAACGAUCAGCAGAUGGUGCAGUUGCAAGUACAGGAACCCCCGUUGCCACCAAGUGUCCUUGAGGCAGCCAUGAUUAGCAGCAGAUCGGUGAACCUCAAGUGGCAGCCAAAGUCCCUGGGAACUGGUGAUGUCACUAGGUAUCUGGUGGAGUUCCGUGAAGCAGAUCCUUUGUUCGUGGAGCAGUGGCAGCAAAUCGAGGUCAAGGAUCCCCCGCACUUUAAUUGCAUGAUCGAGAAUCUAAAGCCUGCCACGCGUUAUGCCUUCCGGGUGAUUGCUGAGGGAUCCGCUGGACGAAGUGCACCCAGCCAGGAGCUCAUAGUUCGCACGGAGCCACAGAGACCCGCAGGACCUCCUUUGAGUCUCUCGGCGAGACCUUUAUCCUCCACCGAGUUGCUCAUCAGUUGGGUGGCUCCUCUUCCGGAAUUGCGACAUGGGGAUAUCCAAGGCUAUAAUGUCGGCUAUAAGUUGUCGGGUUCGGCAAAUACUGCUUACAAUUUCACUUCCGUUUCCGGCGAUGGCGAUGGUGGAAAUGGAGAACUGCUGCUCAGCGGAUUGGCCAAGUUUGCCAGGUACACUGUUGUGGUGCAGGCCUUCAACCAAGUGGGUCCAGGUCCUCUCUCGGAACCCACCGCCGCUCAGACAAUGGAAGAUGUUCCCAGUCGCCCGCCGGAGGAUGUUCGCUGUGCGGCUUUAUCCUCCCAAUCACUGCAGGUGUCCUGGCAACCACCGCCAAUCUACCACACGAAUGGCCUGCUCCAGGGAUAUAAGCUGAUAUUCGAGCCCAUCAUCGACGACAUUCAGCCCAGCAAGGACGAAGUGGAGUCCCGAAAGACGACGGCACUCACGAUGGUGCUGACAGGGCUGCGAAAGUACACCAACUACAGCAUUCAGGUUUUGGCCCACACGCGAAUGGGCGAUGGUGUGGUAUCCAAACCACUGUUUUGCCACAGCGAAGAGGAUGUGCCAGAGGCACCAGCUGAUAUAAAAGUUGUAUCCAGCUCUUCCCAAUCCCUGUACAUUUCCUGGCUGCCUCCCACCGAACCGAAUGGCGUGAUCACCAAGUACAGUCUGUACACGCGAGUGGUGAACGGUCGCGAGGAGCUGAACAACGAGAAGCGCAGUCUGCCAUCGCAACAGGCUUACUACGAAGCGAAGGGUCUGCAUCCGCACAUGGAGUACCAGUUUUGGGUGACGGCCAGUACCCGAGUGGGUGAAGGCAAAAGCUCCAGGGUUUCCUCACAAAUCACCACGAAUCGCGUGCCAGCCAGGAUUAUAUCCUUUGGAGGUCCUGUGGUGAGACCCUGGAGAUCCACUGUAACAUUACCCUGCACUGCGGUGGGAAAACCCAAGCGGGAGUGGUUCAAAUCGGAUGUGGCACUGCGACAAGGUGGUUUACACAACUCCCAAAUGCUGGAUAGUGGUGAUCUAAUCAUCUCCAGCUUACAACUGGCGGAUGGAGGCAACUACAGUUGCCAGGUGGAUAAUGGCAUUGGAACCGAUCGACUGACCCACACUCUGGUGGUGCAAGUGCCACCAACUGCCCCCGUUUUGUAUGUAACCAGUGCCACAUCGAGCAGCAUCCUGAUGCACUGGAAGUGCGGCUUCACGGGCAAUGCACCCAUCACCGGUUACACUUUGUUCUACCGGCGGGCCAAUGGCAAUACGGAUGAGAUGCAGUUGUCCCGUCAUGCCACCAGUCACGAGUUGAAGGGUCUGGUGUGCGGCAGCACGUACCAGAUCCACCUGAGUGCCCAGAACAAGGUGGGCACCUCGCCCACCAGCACCAUGUUGCACGUACGCACCCAGGGUCAGUCACCCGGACAUCCCGCCUCCACUGCCCUGUUGGCACCCAACUCCACCUCCCUGCUGGUGCGACUGCACUCCUGGCCGGACAACGGGUGUCCCCUGCUCUACUUCGUCCUGCAGUACCGCGCCGUCACCGAGGAUCGGGAUGCGGAGUGGGUCCUGGUAUCCAAUGCCCUGAAACCCCAGCGAAGGAUAGUGGUGAACAACCUGCAACCUUCGACGCUCUACCAACUUCGCAUGGAGGCGCACAAUGUGGCUGGAAUCUCGCAGGCGGAGUUCUCGUUCGUGACCUUGACCAAGGACGGAGAUCCACCACCGCCGGAAAUCGUGCAUCGUGGUCAUCGCGGCCCAACCAUAAUAUUCGCCAAUAUGAACCUGCUCAUUCCAUCCAUCGCAGCGGUUUCCGGAAUGAUCUGCACCAUCAUCAUGGUCAUCGUUUGCUACCGACACAAGCAAGCCAACCACAUCCAGAAGGAGUCCCUCGAGAAUCGGGCCAACUCGGAGGCUGCCCAGCGGGAGCGAUAUUAUGCCACCAUCCACAAGGUGUCCAUGCAGAACAACGAUAAGAUUCCAGAAACCUCGGAGGACAUCUCGCCGUACGCCACCUUCCAAUUAUCGGAGGCUGGGGGCAACAUGUCGCAGCCUCAUCACGGCGGUCCUGCUAAUACGCUGCUCCACUCGUUCAUGUACCACGAGCGAGCUCUGGCCGAGGGCUGCUCCUCGCCACCACCAGCCGCGGUACUGAACCCACCAACAACAACAACAACCACCACCACCCAUCACCACCACCACCAACGUCCACUAAAGACAAUUCAUAAUUAUUAUCAGACCUCACCGUUCCAUAAUAUCUCGAAGAACCGGAGGCGCCACUCGAGGAAGACGGAGCCGGAGAGCGAGGAGUCGGAGUCGGACCAGGACCAGCUCACCUCCAGUCGCACCGAGUCCUCCAACCAGCACGAGGGCAAGAUCAAGCACAGCAUCAUCUACCAUGGAGCACAAUCGAGCACCUCCUCCGAUCUGUCACCAAUGUCCGAACAGAAAUCAUUGCCCCGCCGCGGUCGCUCCAGGUAUCAUCAUCAGCAAUAUCAGUUUUCCACCAAUACCACACCGCGCCACCACAACAGCAACAAAAUGAACAACAACACAAGCAGCAACACGAACACAACAGCCACCAAUACGACAACAGCCACACCAUCGACAUCGAGCAAUUCGAACAAAAUUCUAUCGCCGCGCGGCGGAAAUCUCAAAUCCAUAUCGAGCACAUUUAAAUCGCAAGACUCCAUACAGUGCCACAUACCCACAUUGGUCAAGUCGCCAUCGAUCAGUACACAGCAGCAGAAACAGUUUCACAAGCAGCAGUUGCAGAAUAGUAGCAAUCCCAAUUCGCACAGUAGCUCCAACAAUCCGGCCAAUAAUAGUAUGAAUAUGAAUAGUAGUUUGAAGCAACAGCAGCCCCUGCUGAUCACGCCCAAGCUCCAUCAGUUGGAGGCCUCGAAUGGUGGUCCGCCGGAGCUGAUGGGGCUGGACGGGAUCGGUUCUAGCCCGUUGGUAGCCUGCAUGCCGCCCUCCUCACAAUUCCGACCCAUACCCCACAAGUCCAUAAUGCCCGCGCAUGAGCCACCGCACCACCACCAAAGCCACCAAAACCACCAGCCACCGCAGAAUCAGAAUCUGAAUCCAAAUCCGAAUCAGCAGCAGCAGCAUCCUGGCACGCUGCUCAACCCCUCGACGGCCAUGCUCUCCUCGAAGUUUUUCACAGCGCCAACGCUGCCCAAAUAGGAUUCGGCCAACGGGGGGGGUGAAUACGUUGGUGGUGCCAUGGAGGCCAUGGACGGUUUCGGCUACGACAGCGGCGAGAUCUCCUGCACCUACAUGGACCCGAUAGAUCAGACAUGAGACCUGGCCUACGGUGAGGUGUGUGGUCCCCCCGAGGGGGCCCGUUAAGCUCGCUUCUUACCAUUUGGUAGCUCAGCUGGGGGAAAGGGAUUCCAAAGUUUUUAACUAUUAAAAAAAAAAAUUCUUCACAUUUUAAAUGAAAUAACUGUUAAAAUAUCAAAGAACAAUGAAACCUUUAAAGGAAUUCAUUUAGUAGCACACAUAGAAAUCUCUGAGCUACAAAAUUGCCCUAAAAAGUAGGCAAUGAAAUAAUUUAAACAUUUUGAAUUAUGGGAAGCACACUUUUAGGCGCACUUUUAUGAGGUUUAACUCAAUUAAGAGGUUGAUUUGAAAACAAUUGGAACACUUGUUCAAUUUUAGUUUAGAUAUCCCCAACCAAACUCAGCUGAUAAACCAGGUCGUGAGGAGUGCGCCCACCCACGCACACCCAACCACACAACCAGACUAGAACUACACCACUAGGUCUUAAACCGAAUGAAUGCUUGAAUGCUGUGGUUGCAAUCAGAUAAAAAAACCAAACCAAACCAACUCUGGACCCUUUCUUGUACUUGCACCCCCGCCACCCCCCCAACGAUUGCCACCCACCACCCUCCCGA